AACCGUCCUAAUUACCAAUUCAGCCGUUUUCUUUAUCACACACUUCAAAUCAGACUCGACUGAGCGCAACAGGUCUGACAGACAACGGAGAAACCGCAGCCUCAGGUUUCUUAACGUGUUAUUUCGGGUAUCUACACCAUUGGUGGAAAAACUGCAAGUCAUCUGGGACCAAUUAAGGACAUGAAUUAGUGGACACGUUUGUUUACUUUUGCUGGUUUUGAGAGGGAGGGGGAUGAAGAAUCCAGAACUUGCAUUUAAGAAACUAAUCAAAGCUUGUAGUUUAGGAAUAGAAGUCUCACGCACAUUAGCUUGAUAGAUUCAAAUUCUGUUAUGUACUUUCACCUUGUAGCUGUUUUGUUAUGUGAUCGACAUGCUUGAGGACAGAUGAGCAGUUUCGAUGUCUGUGUUUUUUCCUUUUCUCUUUUACUCAAUUUGCUUUUCUUCCAGGAUUGCACCGCCAUAGAUGUGUUAACCCCAUCUCAAGCACUCUCGCAGGGACAAACUCUAACCUCCCCUGGCAAAGUCUUUGAGCUCGGCUUUGUGAGUUUUAAUAACUCUAGCCUUUAUUAUGUAGGAAUUUGGUACAAGAAUAUUGUCCCUCGUAGAGUUUUAUGGGUGGCCAACAGAGAGAAGCCCCUCACGGACUCUUUGUCCUCAAGUCUAGUGAUAGUGGGUGAUGGAAAUCUGAAGCUCAUGAAUGGCAUGCAAGACAUUGUCUGGUCAACCAAUCUUCCUAUCCAAUCAAAUAAUUCGGUUGCGGGGCUUUUGGAUAGUGGGAAUUUUGUUCUGAAGGAUAACUCUUCGGGGCAGAUCUUAUGGGAGUGCUGUAGCCAUCCUGGCGAUACUUUUUGGCCCGGUAUGAUGAUAGGGAUGAAUGUUAAAACUGGUGAGAAACGAUUCCUGAUUUCGUCGAAAAGUAAGGACGACCCAUCGCCUGGUAGUUUUGUUGGUGGAACUGGAGCACAGAGUAGUCCGAUAAUAGAAGGUUUUAUUUGGAAUGGAACCCGACCGCAUUGGAGAAGUGGGCAAUGGAAUGGGAUAAAGUUCCUAGGGGUGCCACAUAUGUCUGUAGUAUAUACUAAUGGAAUUAGCAUUGUAUCGGUUAGUCCAGAGGGUAGUCAGUAUGUUACUCUCAAUGUUUUCAACACCUCUCUCACUAAAGUCGUGUUCCUUUCACCAGAAGGAUCUCUGCAGAUAAUUAUUUGGGAUGAAGGAGAGAAAGAAUGGAGAGUUCAACUGCAGGAACCGGAGAGCCAGUGUGACAUUUACGGAGCUUGCGGUCCUAAUGGAAUUUGUAAUACAGAUGAGGCUCCAAUUUGUAGGUGUUUGGAAGGGUUUGAACCAAGUUCAAGUGAAGAGUGGAGUAGAGGGAACUGGACGAAUGGAUGUGUAAGACGAGUUGAACUUAAUUGUGACAAGAACAUGAGCUUAUUAGCCACAAGCCAGGAUAAAACUGAUGGAUUUUUGAAAUUGAGUGGGCUGAAACUGCCAGCUCAUUCCCAGUAUCUGAAAACUGAUGUGUAUAAUGAAGUUUGCGAAUUCUGGUGCUUGAACAACUGCUCUUGCGUGGCAUUUGCGUCCGUGGCAGGAAUCGGGUGCAUGUUUUGGACUGGAGAUCUUAUGGAUGUUCGGGCCUUCUCAUCUACAGGAGAGGAUCUCUUCGUUCGUGUUGCACAUGCAGAACUAGGUAAAGAGAAGCACAAAUCGAAGGUUGUCUUCCCUGUUGCAGCUAGUUGUACUUUCAUCGUCUUGAGUACAUUAUUAGUAUAUGGUUUCUUCAGGUAUAGAGCAAACCAAAAAGGGGAAAGCAGAGAAGGUUUGCAUGAAUCUGAUUUUGCUGAUGCAAUUAACCCUCUGAGAGACACUCUAAAAGGAAUAGCAGGCAGCAACAUCAUAAAACAAAAAGAUUCGUUGAUAUUUGAUUUCAACCACGUAGUUGUUGCUACCAACAACUUUAGCCUAACGAACAAGCUUGGCGAAGGGGGAUUUGGACCUGUUUAUAAGGUAAAGCUUCAAAAUGGAAAGGAAAUAGCUGUGAAGAGACUUUCUAGUCACUCAGGACAAGGCAUGGAGGAAUUCAAGAACGAGAUUGUGUUUAUUUCCAAACUCCAACAUAGGAAUCUUGUUAGGCUUUUGGGUUGCUGUGUUGAAGGAGAAGAAAAACUGUUUAUCUACGAGUACAUGCCGAACAAGAGCCUGGACACAUUUCUCUUUGAUCCAACAAGAAAAACACAGCUAGUUUGGGCUAAGCGCUUCAACAUUAUUCAGGGUAUUGCCAGAGGGCUUGUUUAUCUCCAUCGUGAUUCCUUUCUAAGGGUCAUUCACCGUGAUCUGAAGGCUAGCAAUGUUCUUUUGGAUGAAGACAUGAACCCAAAAAUUUCAGACUUCGGAUUGGCUAGAACUUUCCAAAAGACUCAAGAGCUAGCAAAUACUCACAGGGUAGUGGGAACAUUCAGCUAUAUGUCUUCUGAGUAUGCAUUAAGUGGGAUAUUUUCCGAAAAGUCGGAUGUUUAUAGCUUCUGAGUUCUCCUGUUAGAGAUUGUCAGUGGCAGGAAGAUUACAGCCUCCUACUAUGACGACAAACACAUAAGCCUUAUUGGCUAUGCAUGGCAACUGUUGUUUGAAAGCAAGGAAUUAGACUUGUUGGAUGAAGCUUUGGCGGACUCUUUUUCGUCAUCAGAAGUAACAAGGUGUAUCCGUAUUGAUCUGCUUUGUGUCCAGGAUCUUGCUGAACAUAGGCCAAACAUGUCGGCAGUUGUUUCCAUGUUAAGCAGUGAAGCCGAGCUUCCAAGGCCAAAACAAUCUACAUUUACAUUUCAGACUGGAUUCUACUCUGAAAAAUCCAACUCCAACCAUUUGAUGUCUGCCUGUGAGCUUACAGAGUCCGUGCUUGAAGGGCGAUAA